AUGCUCACUGUAAGCAGAGAAAAGUUAUAAUUUUUUAAAAAAACUCUUGAAUCAUCAAUGAUUGGAAAGAUUAACAUUGCUUUUGAAAAUCCCAUUUUCUAAGAUUUUAAACGAAUACUUUCUCUUCAAUAUUCAAAUAUCAAAGUACACUUUAAAUUUAAUGAACCAUUCAAUGAAUAAUUGGAAGACUUGAUAAUGAGUAUGAAUUAAGUAGCUGUAUAUGAUAAUUGCCUAGUUCUGAGAGAAAGUAAAUAAUGCGAAUAAAUUGAAGGUUAUAUCACCCUUUAAAUUGAUGGUAUUUACUUUUGCUAAAAUAUUCAUGAAAAUAUUAUCAGUUCAUAGGCAGCGGUUUAUAGAGCUAUUUCAACUGAUAUUUAUGAUAAAUCUCAAUACGCAAUAAAGAAGUAUGAAAUUACUAGUGUAUAGCAAUUAGAGCUAAUAAAAAGAGAAAUCAAGCUCAUGAGAGCAUUACAAGCUUCUUCAAAGAAGAACGAUCACAUUUUGUGUUAUUUACAUUAAGUUAUUCAAGAUUAAAAUCAAGUUUAUUUGAUUUUAGAUUACUCACAUUAUGGAGAUCUUAGUAAGCUUAUUUAAGAAAAGAGUCCACUCUAGGAAUCUGAAGUCAAGCACAUCAUCCUCUAGCUUUUGUUUUCACUGGCUCUAAUGCAUUCUAAGGAAAUCAUCCAUAGAGAUUUGAAACCGGACAACAUACUGGUUAUGGAUCGAGAUUCCCUUUAAGUUUCAAUUGCUGAUUUCGGAUUAGCUUGCUUUAAUCAUGAUAAUACUGCAAAAAGUAUAAAAUGUGGUUCUCCUGGGUUUAUGGCUCCAGAAAUUUUGAGAGAUUAGCUAUUCGAUCUAAAUAGUGAUGUUUUUAGUUUGGGAUGCAUAAUGUAUUCACUCAUAACGAAAGGAUGUAUUUUUCCAGGAAAAACGAUAUAAUCGAAAAAAUAUUCAGGUCUCAUCAGAAUGUUUAGAUCUAUUGAAGUAAAUGCUUAGUAGAAAUCAAUUUACUCGCUUUUCAGCGAUUCACAUGCUUGGUUUGAAAAUCAUUCGUAAUAUAUUUCUGAGAGGCUACAUUACCUCAAACUAAAAAAUCCCAAUAGAAAAAAGGAUCCAUAUGCUUAGAAUUCUGAACAUAGAAGAAUAACACUAAAAUCAACUAAGAUGGAAUGUAUGCAGUCUUGGUUAGGACCCUCUUAAGGUAUUGGUAAAAAAGUUGAUGGUGAGCAAAAGACUUAGAGCAUCACAAAUGCAUAAAGAAUAUUGAAACUGAGAGAGCUUUGCAAUGGAAAAACAAACAACAAUUCAUAAGUUAAUUUAUGCGAACCUCAGUAAAUCCCCGAGCAUUUAAAUCAAAGUUUAAAUGAAGAAAUUGAUGAGAAUUUAUUGGAAGAAUAAACUCCAAGAGCAAUCAAUAAUGGCAAUAGAAUUGCCAGUAAAAUUACUAAUCGAUUGAACUUGUCCAUAAUUCUCCUUGAAAAUAAACAUUAUAUGAGUAAUCUAAACACUCCAGUGAAGCAAAGAUAUUUCUAAUGA